GCGCGCGCUGCGGACUACGCCGUGGUUGCCGGAAGUUGAGCGGCGUAGGCAACAAAUAAUGGCAGCAGCUCCGGGGGAUCCUGGGCUCUCCAAAUUGCAGUUUGCUCCCUUUAGCAGUGCCUUGGACGUUGGAUUCUGGCACGAGUUGACCCAGAGAAAGCUGAAUGAGUAUCGGCUAGAUGAAGCUCCCAAGGACAUUAAGGGCUAUUACUACAAUGGUGAUUCUGCUGGGCUGCCAGCUCGCUUAACGUUGGAGUUCAGUGCUUUUGACAUGAGUGCUCCCACCCCAGCCCACUGCUGCCCGGCUGUUGGAACGCUCUUUAACACCAACACACUUGAGGCUUUCAAGGCUGCAGAUAAGAAGCUGCUUUUGGAGCAAGCAGCAGAUGAGAUAUGGGAAGCCAUAAAAUCAGGCGCUGCUCUCGAAAACCCUGUCCUCCUCAACAAGUUCCUCCUCUUGACCUUUGCAGAUCUAAAGAAGUACCACUUCUACUACUGGUUUUGCUUCCCUGCUCUCUGCCUUCCAGAUAGUAUACCCCUCAUUCAGGGGCCAGUGGGCUUGGAUCAAAGGUUUUCACCAAAACAGAUUCAAGCCCUUGGGUGUGCAUAUGAUGCUCUUUGUCAAACAGAAGGAGUCCCAGCACUACCUUACUUCUUAAUCAAGUAUGAUGAGAACAUGGUGCUGGUUUCCCUGCUUAAACACUACAGUGAUUUCUUCCAAGACCAAAGGACAAAGAUAACAAUUGGUGUAUAUGAUCCCUGUAACUUAGCCCAGCAUCCUGGAUGGCCUUUGAGGAAUCUUUUGGUCCUAGCAGCCCACCGAUGGAGUAGCAGUUUCCAGUCUGUUGAAGUCCUCUGCUUCCGGGACCGCACCAUGCAGGGGGUGAGAGACAUUGCCCACAGCAUCAUCUUCGAAGUGAAGCUUCCAGAAAUGGCAUUUAGCCCAGAUUGUCCCAAAGCAGUUGGAUGGGAAAAAAACCAGAAAGGCGGCAUGGGACCGAGGAUGGUGAACCUCAGUGAAUGUAUGGACCCUAAAAGGUUAGCUGAGUCAUCAGUGGAUUUAAAUCUCAAAUUGAUGUGUUGGAGAUUGGUCCCCACUUUGGACUUAGACAAGGUUGUGUCUGUCAAGUGUCUGCUGCUUGGAGCUGGCACCUUGGGUUGUAAUGUAGCUAGGACAUUGAUGGGUUGGGGCGUCAGACACAUCACAUUUGUGGACAAUGCCAAUAUCUCCUACUCCAAUCCUGUGAGGCAGCCUCUCUAUGAAUUUGAAGAUUGCCUUGCAGGUGGUAAGCCCAAGGCCCUGGCUGCAGCAGACCGGCUUCAGAAAAUAUUCCCCGGAGUGAAUGCCAGAGGGUUCAACAUGAGCAUCCCGAUGCCUGGACACCCGGUGAACUUUUCCAGCGUCACCCUGGAGCAAGCCCGCAGGGAUGUGGAGCAACUGGAGCAGCUCAUCGAAAGCCAUGAUGUCGUUUUCCUGUUGAUGGACACCAGGGAGAGCCGGUGGCUCCCUGCCGUCAUUGCCGCGAGCAAAAGAAAGCUGGUCAUCAAUGCUGCCUUGGGAUUUGACACGUUUGUUGUCAUGAGACAUGGCUUGAAGAAACCUAAGCAACAGGGAGCUGGGGACUUGUGUUCUAGUCACCUUGUGGCACCUGCCGACCUCCUGGGCUCAUCACUUUUUGCCAACAUCCCUGGCUACAAACUUGGCUGCUAUUUCUGCAAUGAUGUGGUGGCCCCGGGAGAUUCAACCAGAGACCGGACCUUGGACCAGCAGUGCACUGUGAGCCGCCCAGGACUGGCCAUGAUUGCAGGAGCCCUGGCCGUGGAAUUGAUGGUUUCUGUUUUGCAGCAUCCAGAAGGGGGCUACGCCAUUGCCAGUAGCAGUGAUGACCGCAUGAAUGAGCCGCCAACCUCUCUCGGGCUUGUGCCUCACCAGAUCCGGGGAUUUCUGUCACGGUUUGAUAAUGUCCUUCCUGUCAGUCUGGCGUUUGACAAAUGUACAGCUUGUUCUUCCAAAGUUCUUGAUCAGUAUGAACGAGAAGGAUUUAAUUUCCUAGCGAAGGUGUUUAAUUCUUCACAUUCCUUCUUAGAAGACUUGACUGGUCUCACUUUGCUGCAUCAAGAGACCCAAGCUGCUGAGAAAUCAGUGGGUAGGACUACCAUCCAGAGCAUUCAAAAUGCUGGAAAGAAAGCACAUGAUAUGGUGGUGAUCUGGGACAUGAGCGACGAUGAGACCGUCUGACGUGGCCCACCCUUGCGUGGCUGGCUUCUCCCUGGCCGCCUGCUGAGGAGCCCUCGGUUACCGGAGCCGGACUGCCGCCCCCAAGACCGGUGAUUCUGGGCCCUGCGCCCCUCCAACCUUUGUGGUCUCCUCCUCUGUGUACCUUGAGGACCAGGGCCCCCUCUCCACUGCCCAGGAGCUUCUGGGGUUCUCCAUUUCUCAUGAUUCAUGAUCUUACCAGUUCUGAGCUAAAUAAUAACCUUGGCUUUGGCAUUGCCAUUGAUCUGGGAGUUGGUUCCCUCCACGAGUUCUUUUUUCCUUGUUGUCAAGUGUUUGAUAGUCAAAACUCCCAGGAUCCUUCCCACCUUGGCCCCCAUGGGGCGGCAAUGAGGACAGGGAACAGUCAGCCCAACACACCAAAUGGGGAAAUGAGAAAGCAGCUCCUUCCGGCAGCCAUUGUGGGGGGCAAGCACCAGAGUCCCUG